AUGCUAUUUGAAGACUGCCCUACUAACGAGUCUACAAUCUUCCGUCGCCACCGUCUCCGUGAGCUCCUCUCUAGUGAGGAAUUAGGUGAUGAGAAGCCGUCACAGUUGCUGAGUCGCAUGAAGCAACUGCUUGGUGACAAGUACCAAGCCUUCGACGCUGAUCUCUUCAAGCAACUGUUCUACCAGCGCCUUCCUCCUGCCAUCCAGCGUAGCCUCUUCAGCGUCAAGGACACUUUGAAACCUGACGCCAUCGCUAAGUUGGCAGACGACUUCCUGGCGAUUCUUCCUGCAACACCUGCUUCUCCUGUGUCUUCUGUCACUACCACACAGAAUGACACCCAGUUGUCUCACCUUACCAAGCUCAUCUCUCAGCUUACCACCGAGGUUAACUACUUGAAGAAGCAACUGCAUGAUGGCCGUCGCUCACGUUCCUCCACUCCUCGCCGCCUCCAGCGCCGCUACCGUUCUAGGAGCCCAGGUCUGUGUUGGUACCACAACAAGUUUGGUGCCAAGGCCAACAAGUGCGUUUCCCCAUGCACCUACAACACGUCAAACACCAACGGCGAGCAGUGA